AGAAAAGGGCUUCGUCAACGUUUCGCUCAUCCAUUGCCAUGAAGAUGCUGAGACUGUCGACGCUCUCAGUGCUUCUUCUUUCCGCUUUGGCUGCUGUCCGGUAUCAUCAAGUCGGGUGCCGCGCGAGCGACAGUGUCGCUUUCCUGAGGACUCCGCUGCUCAGAGAUCAACGUCCCAGCUCGUCUGCUCUUCAUCGACUCAUUGCUAGUGAGCCUUUUGCGCCCCUCGGGUCAUCCAUCUUGGCUGCCGAGCCCACUCGUGAUAGAGAUGGUGACCGUACUAUGAUGGGGCAGAGCUCGCCAUCGUGGCUGCAGCUAUCGCUGCCGCCCCUGCUGUCCUUCUCCGUGACGGCCCUCAUUGCCCUGAGCACUCUGCAUGGCGGCAGUGCGUCGGUUGUGCCCCAGCCGCCCGCAGCGGAAGCUAAGGCGGUUGCGCCUGGAGGCUACAAACUGCCGCCUAUUGAUAGGUAGGUAGGGAGGCAACAUGAAGGGGCAUGCAGUGCAGUGCAGUGCAGUGCAGUGCAUCGUGUGGACCGUGUGCGUGCACUGCAGGGCAGAUCCCAACCGAUGUCGCUUUCAGUCGUCGGCUGUGGGCCAGGCCAAUGCCCAGCGCGACAAACUCUACGACCUGCGAGAGUGCAAGAUGGAAGGCAAAAACGCCGCGGGGUAUGACAUCAGCGGCGUGCUAGGGUCCGAGGCGGGUAGGUGGGCAGCCAGGGCAGACACUCGAGAAUCAUGCAGCGAGAAAGACGGCGCCGAGGUAUAUAUGUCUGUUUCAGAUUUCUCUUACGUCAACUUCGAGGGCGCCCAGCUCAGCAAGGUGAGCCGAAAAGCGACCGGGCGCGCCGCACACACCAUGGAUUUGUCUGUGUAUUCUCUUUUCUGCCCUUGCAUGUCUUCAUUACCCCGCCUGCAGGCAUUCAUGGAGGUACGCACGUGUACACACACGAGUGGCUACUGCUCGGCCCUGUGGCACCCAUCCAUCCCUCCCUCAUGUGUGCGUGGGGUGUGUGUGGGUGUGUGUGUGUGUGUGGCAGGACUCUCGAUUCGACGGCGCCAACUUCAAGGCAGCUGUGGUCGACCGCGUCACCUUCAAGCGCUCCGACCUUCGCAAUGUCAACUUUGCAGCCGCAGUUCUCUCGGGCAGCACUUUCGAGGACGUACGACGCACUGCACUCACACGCAGGCCGCCCACACUGAGAUUCCCAGGGCUCUCAAUGAUUCUCUUCUGCUGUUCACUAAUGCUUGCGUGUCUAUACGGCUCUCUCCCAGGCGAAUGUGGAGAACACCGACUUCAGCGAUGUGGUGAUAGGCGAUUUCGAGCAGCGGUCGCUGUGCAAAAACCCCACACUCAAGGUGCGGUGCGGUGCGCUCGGCCGCAAAGCUCAGCACGUGUACGUCAACGUUGCCUCUGUGUGUGUGGGUCUGUCUGUCUGUCUGUCUGUCAAUUGUAGGGUAGCCAUCCCAAGACGGGGGUGGACACGCGUGAGUCACUCGGGUGCCGCUCGUGAGUGAGUGAGGUUUCCUUCUCCGGUCUGGCUGUGCGAGGUCGAGGGGUGGCAGCGCUGGCUUUGUGGGUCUGCCGUGCCACACAACGAUGGACUGGAUUGCACGAGUUGGUCUGGCGAAUGAAGAUUGAGUACUCUACUUACUGGAGCCGUCUCAUGCACUGAUUGCAUCCUGUCUGUCUGUGCACAUGACCGACCGACAGAGGAUAUGGGCGAGGAUGAGCAAAUGAAUGACGUGGUCGUUGCACUCAUGCGGGGCGGGGCGGGCACGGCGCAGGGGAUGGGCGUCCGAUGGCAAUCAAUGCCACGUCGUGUGCCGGCCGGGCCUGGUGGUCCAUGAACGGACGUACGCGCACAAUUGACUGUCUGUCUGUCUGCCACGCGCUGCUGCACACGC